AUGAAGUUUUUAUUUAUGAAUGGAAGAAUUAAAUUAUUCAUUAAAUUGAAUAACCUAUUCCUAUUGAUCCUCCAUUUAAAUGCUUAAAUUUAAAUUUAUUUUUAGGUUUUGAAAUUUUACUUGAUUGUUACAAGGAUAGCUAAUUAUUCUUUUUUUUAAAUAAUUGACACAUAACCAAAAAUUGUUAAUUAGUCUUAAUCCUUUUUACCAAUAUCAGCAAAAAUAAAUACAAUAGUUAAUGGUUCGAAUACUUUUUUAAUAUACGCUUAAUAUUUUCAGAAUUAUUCGAUUCUCACACUAAUUUUAGAUAAUUUUAACAAUUUAAGUUGGUACUCUAAUUAAUUUAAUGAUUUUGAUACUCCAAAUUAAAUAAAUCCUUAUAUUUAUGUAAUUACUUAAAAAGAGAAUUUGUAGUUUUUCAUAUCAUCAGACUUUGAGGUUUAAUUAUAACUUUCAACUUUAACACAAAUGAUGAUAAAACAGUAAUUUACUCAUAUAAGAGUUUAUGAAAAUUCUAAAUAAUACUCUUAAUGUGAAUAUAUUUGGUAUGUUAUAGUUAAGCUUACCUUUUUAUUAUACAGAUGUUAAUUAGUAUUUUGGGUGUGA